UGCUUAUUUGAAUUCCACAAUAACAACUUCUUUCAAAUGUUAAGAUGCAUACAAUAUGAUUGAUAACAAGGAUGCUUAAUUUAAACUUAACCCGCUAUUUAACCAUUGUUCGCAGCUUAAAAACUGAACCGUGCAGUAUAAAUGGUAAUAGGAUGUGAGACUGACAAGGAAGUAACCAGCUUAUUUGCAGUAAAAGCGCUUUACAUCAGCAACCGUUCACUUCUACUAGAACUAGUCGGAUAUCCAGAAAUCUCGCACUGCAAAAUAAAUACUUUUAUUUUUCAUUUAGCGAUGAUGCGGGCAUUUCUUUGGCUGCUGCCACUGGUGGCGCUGGUUUUAGCAAAGCGUUCAUUGAAGAAGGUCGACAAUGAUAACCGGUGCCAAAAAACGUACAAAAAACCGCGGUCAAAAGAGCACAUGUCCGAGCGACAGCCAUUGUUUAGAACAAUACGCGGUUCGUGUAAGGCAGACGUCGGAUUCUGUCCUGCCGGAAGUUGCCGUUAUAAUCUCUACAGGCAUAGAAAGUGCCCUGAUGAUGGUAUUGUUUGUCCAAAGUAUAGGUCAGAGGUCGUUAAUUGUGGAGUUUUUGGUCGGGUUAAGGUACAUAUUGUAGACAAAUGUGUUUGUUGUGCUGACAAGGGAGUCUUUAUAAAGGGACUCGUAAAAGACAGUAAUAGUGGACAGCCUCUGCCAAAAAUGAUUGUUUUUUCGAAAGGCAAACAGGUCGACAUAACCUCAGCAACGGGCAACUUCGAGUUUCUCAUUGGUUCUGAUGUAAGAGAAGUUGUUAUACUCGUCAAAGAAAAAUACGCCGACGAGGAAUAUGGCGAAUACGCCGACGCUGUGAAAACCAUAAAUAUCCCUAUCGGAUUUAGAGGGCCAGUCAACGUUGAAAUACCGAUGUUAAAAAGAGCUGCACCUGUCUCGGUAGAUCCAACCAUCGAUACUGCUUUAGAUCUGUUACCCGGAUCAAAUGUUGCCAAAAUGGUAAUUAAGGCAAACUCAUUAAAAGACGCAAAAGGUAACGUGUACGAUCAGAUCGUGCUCGUACGAAUAACGUCAAUCAAUGUCUCCGUGGCGGAGACAGAUGAUAUUCUCCCUGGUCGGUUUCUGACGGCCGACAAUGACCAGCUGGUCUCGGAUCUUGUUUUUGAACCAAUAGUCACGACGGCGGACGGUGAAACACUGUUUGUCGAGGCCUUAAUCAAGGUCAAUGAUGAGAUGUUGCUGUGGGAGAUUAACAUAGAAACAGGCCUCUGGGAAAAGGUUAAAACCAGGCUUUAUUAUAAGGCUGACCCGGCCGCACCAAGUCGGAAACCCAGACAGAUACAGUUGACGGAUGCGUACCUGUUCGAUAUUAACUCUGGAAACUGGUACAAUAUCGACAAGAUACCCGGUGCGCCGCGGUGUUACUUCAAAGCUCGUGUAUUUUAUGAAAACCCCGCUGAGGCCAACUUGCCUGCUGCCUUUCGGCCAACUGUUGUUGCUUUCACACCAAAUAACGAGAGACUGCGAUUUUACCAUCCAUUCACCACAGAUCCUGCUAACGAAUGUUUUGAAGUACGCUGUCUUGAUUUCAACCCGGCUGAUCCCACCAGUGUUCUCACAGGUCUCAUCAGUUACACCGCAUAUGAAAGUGUUUCUGUCGGCGGUGUCAACAUUCCAUUGAUCACAGAAUUGAAGGCAAAAAUACUGACUGAUUACAUUCCUCCGAUUCAAGGACCACAUUCGUCCAUUUUCUACGAAAGACUGCUUCCAGCUAAAGAACAGGUUUACGUAAAUUUCAUAUCUGCGAACGACAAUAGUCGGCCCUUUUAUGCAGACAGAGCGGUUUGUGAAGCCACCAAUGUUGCUCGCCCAGCAUUCCAUUUUUAUAAGCCUGCGCUACCUAGCUACGAUCCGAUCCCUGACGAUACCGAGCUAUGCACAGCCCGAAUCGCCUUGCGCAAUGGGUCUGGGGGGUUCAUAGAUACGCUGACUGACCUGGCUACUCUUCCGUCACUGACCGCCACCAGCAUUUGGACGUCUGGUAGCAAUAACUAUUACUAUACAAAUAUUGCUACCUUGCAAGUAGCCACGGACGUUGAUGACGUCGAGUUUGUCCAAGUCUGCAUAACAUACCGUUGCAGCAAACCAGACGAGCUAACUACAGUUUACCUCGACAUUGACAUCCCGUGGAUCGACUCAACGAACGGAAGUACGGACAGCGCAAUCGCACAUCCGGCCUUUGUAUGUAAAGGCAUGUGUAACGGCCCACUGUGUCGUCAACAAAACCCGCUAACGAAUUUUGAUGGCGCUUUCGAAGCACCAGAAGUGCCUGGCGAAACAGGGCCCGACUUUUACGAUGGUACCGACACCGAUUGUGAUGAUAGAACCUCUACAGAAUCAUUUGCCUACGAGUUCGUUUGUUCCGCAAGGAGGAUAAGUACUGAUUACCUGUGCCAAAUAGAGUUCACAUUUCCGUGGUCAACAGAGUACAUGUCUGAGCGACAGCCACUGGUUAGAACAAUACGCAGUUCAUGUAAGGCAGACGUCGGAUUCUGUCCUGCCGGAAGUUGCCGUUAUGAUCUCUACAGGCAUAGAAAGUGCCCUGAUGACGGUGUUGUUUGUCCAAAGUAUAGGCCAGAAUUUGUUGAUUGUGGUGUUUUUGGACGGGUUAAGGUACAGAUUGUAGACAAAUGUGUUUGUUGUGCUGACAAAGGAGUCUUUGUACAGGGACUCGUAAAAGACAGUGAUAGUGGAGAGCCUCUGCCAGAAAUGAUUGUUCUUUGGAAUGGCAAACAGGUCGAAAUAACUUCAGCGACGGGCAACUUCGAGUUUCUCAUUGGUUCUGAUGUUAGAGAAGUUGUUAUUGUAGUCAGAGAUAAAUACGCCGACGAGGAAUAUGGCGAAUACGCCGACGCUGUAAAAACCGUAAACAUUCCUAUCGGAUUUAGAGGGCCAGUCAACGUUGAAAUACCGAUGUUAAAAAGAGCUGCACCUGUCUCGGUAGAUCCAACCAUCGAUACUGCUUUAGAUCUGUUACCCGGAUCAAAUGUUGCCAAAAUGGUAAUUAAGGCAAACUCUGUAAGAGACGCAAAAGGUAACGUGUACGAUCAGAUCGUACUCGUACGAAUAACGUCAAUCAAUGUCUCCGUGGCGGAGACAGAUGAUAUUCUCCCUGGUCGGUUUCUGACGGCCGACAAUGACCAGCUGGUCUCGGAUCUUGUUUUUGAACCAAUAGUCACGACGGCGGACGGUGAAACACUGUUUGUCGAGGCCUUAAUCAAGGUCAAUGAUGAGAUGUUGCUGUGGGAGAUUAACAGAGAAACAGGCCGCUGGGAAAAGGUUAAAACCAGGCUUUAUUAUAAGGCUGACCCGGCCGCACCAAGUCGGAAACCCAGACAGAUACAGUUGACGGAUGCGUACCUGUUCGAAAUUAACUCUGGAAACUGGUACAAUAUCGACAAGAUACCCGGUGCCCCGCGGUGUUACUUCAAAGCUCGUGUAUUUUAUGAAAACCCCGCUGAGGCCAACUUGCCUGCUGCCUUUCGGCCAACUGUUGUUGCUUUCACACCAAAUAACGAGAGACUGCGAUUUUACCAUCCAUUCACCACAGAUCCUGCUAACGAAUGUUUUGAAGUACGCUGUCUUGAUUUCAACCCGGCUGAUCCCACCAGUGUUCUCACAGGUCUCAUCAGUUACACCGCAUAUGAAAGUGUUUCUGUCGGCGGUGUCAACAUUCCAUUGAUCACAGAAUUGAAGGCAAAAAUACUGACCGAUUACAUUCCUCCGAUUCAAGGACCACAUUCGUCCAUUUUCUACGAAAGACUGCUUCCAGCUAAAGAACAGGUUUACGUAAAUUUCAUAUCUGCGAACGACAAAAGUCGGCCCUUUUAUGCAGACAGAGCGGUUUGUGAAGCCACCAAUGUUGCUCGCCCAGCAUUCCAUUUUUAUAAGCCUGCGCUACCUAGCUACGAUCCGAUCCCUGACGAUACCGAGCUAUGCACAGCCCGAAUCGCCUUGCGCAAUGGGUCUGGGGGGUUCAUAGAUACGCUGACUGACCUGGCUACUCUUCCGUCUCUGACCGCCACCAGCAUUUGGACGUCUGGUAGCAAUAACUAUUACUAUACAAAUAUUGCUACCUUGCAAGUAGCCACGGACGUUGAUGACGUCGAGUUUGUCCAAGUCUGCAUAACAUUCCGUUGCAGCAAACCAGACGAGCUAACUACAGUUUACCUCGAUAUUGACAUCCCGUGGAUUGACUCAACAAACGGGAGUACGGACAGCGCAAUCGCACAUCCGGCCUUUCGAUGUAAAGGCAUGUGUAACGGCCCACUGUGUCGUCAACAAAACCCGCUAACGAAUUUUGAUGGCGCUUUCGGAGCAUCUGAAGUGCCUGGCGAAACAGGGCCCGACUUUUACGAUGGUACCGACACCGAUUGUGAUGAUAGAACCUCUACAGAAUCGUUUGCCUACGAGUUCUAUUGUGACGCCAAAAGGAUAAGUACUGAUUUCCUGUGCCAAAUAGAGUUCACAUUUCCGUGGUCAACAGAAUACAUGUCUGAGCGACAGCCACUGGUAAGAACAAUACGCGGUUCGUGCAAGGCAGACGUCGGAUUCUGUCCUACCGGAAGUUGCCGUUAUGAUCUCUACAGGCAUAGAAAGUGCCCUGAUGACGGUGUUGUUUGUCCAAAGUAUAGGCCAGAAUUUGUUGAUUGUGGUGUUUUUGGACGGGUUAAGGUACAGAUUGUAGACAAAUGUGUUUGUUGUGCUGACAAAGGAGUCUUUGUACAGGGACUCGUAAAAGACAGUGAUAGUGGAGAGCCUCUGCCAAAAAUGUUGGUUCUUUGGAAUGGCAAACAGGUCGACAUAACCUCAGCGACGGGCAACUUCGAGUUUCUCAUUGGUUCUGAUGUAGGAGAAGUUGUUAUUGUAGUCAGAGAUAAAUACGCCGACGAGAAGUACGGCGAAUACGCCGAUGCUGUAAAAACCAUAGACAUUCCUAUCGGAUUUAGAGGGCCAGUCAACGGUGAAAUCCUGAUGUUGAAAAGAGCUGCACCUGUCUCGGUAGAUCCAACCAUCGAUACUGCUUUAGAACUGUUACCCGGAUCAAAUGUUGCCAAAAUGGUAAUAAAGGCAAACUCUGUCAAAGACGCAAAAGGUAACGUGUACGAGCAAGAGGUACUAGUACGAAUAACGUCAAUCAAUGUCUCCGUAGCGGAGACAGAUGAUAUUCUCCCUGGUCGGUUUCUGACUGCCGACAAUGACCAGCUGGUCUCGGAUCUUGUCUUUGAACCAAUAGUCACGACGGCGGACGGUGAAACACUGUUUGUCGAGGCCUUAAUCAAGGUCAAUGAUGAGAUGUUGCUGUGGGAGAUUAACAGAGAAACCGGCCUCUGGGAAAAGGUUAAAACCAGGCUUUAUUAUAAGGCUGACUCGGCCGCACCAAGUCGGAAACCCAGACAAAUACAGUUGACGGAUGCGUACCUGUUCGAAAUUAACUCUGGAAACUGGUACAAUAUCGACAAGAUACCCGGUGCCCCGCGGUGUUACUUCAAAGCUCGUGUAUUUUAUGAAAACCCUGCUGAGGCCAACUUGCCUGCUGCCUUUCGGCCAACAGUUGUUGCUUUCACACCAAAUAACGAGAGACUGCGAUUUUACCAUCAAUUCACCACAGAUCCUGCUAACGAAUGUUUUGAAGUACGCUGUCUUGAUUUCAACCCGGCUGAUCCCACCAAUGUUCUCACAGGUCUCAUCAGUUACACCGCAUAUGAAAGUGUUUCUGUCGGCGGUGUCAACAUUCCAUUGGUCACAGAAUUAAAGGCAAAAAUACUGACCGAUUACAUUCCUCCGAUUCAAGGACCACAUUCGUCCAUUUUCUACGAAAGACUGCUUCCAGCUAAAGAACAGGUUUACGUAAAUUUCAUAUCUGCGAACGACAAUAGUCGGCCCUUUUAUGUAGACAGAGCGGUUUGUGAAGCCACCAAUGUUGCUCGCCCAGCAUUCCACUUUUAUAAGCCUGCGCUACCUAGCUACGACCCGAUCCCUGACGAUACUGAGCUAUGCACAGCCCGAAUCGCCUUGCGCCACAAGACCGGGGAAUUUAUUAACGUUCUGACUGACCUAGCUACUCUUCCGUCUUUGACCGCCACCAGCGUUUGGACGUCUGGUAGCAAUAACUAUUUUUAUACAGAUACUGUCACCUUGCAAGUAGCCACAGAUGCUGCUGGCGUCGAAUUUGUCCAAGUAUGCGUAACAUACCGUUGCAGCAAACCAGAUGAACCAUCUACAGUUUACCUCGACAUUGACAUCCCGUGGAUCGACUCAACGAACGGAAGUACGGACAGCGCAAUCGCCCGUCCGGGCUUUGCGUGUACAGGCAGGUGUAACGGCCCACUGUGUCGUCUACAAAACCCGCCCACAGAUUUUGAUGGCGCGUUCGAAGCACCAGAAGUGUCGGGGGAAACAGGGCCCGACUUUUACGAUGGUACCGACACCGAUUGUGAUGGUAGAACAUCAACAGAAUCGUUUGCCUACGAAUUAUUUUGUGCCCCGAGGAGUAGGGGUACUGGUGAGGAAAGAGAGGCGGCUUGAUGCACCAUUUUGAUGAUGUUAUAUGUUAUUACUUAACCGAUAUAGAUCGAUGGUGUUAUCAAAUAGAAGGCGAUAACAACAAUACUGUUACUUUAUAUAUACAAAAUCCUUGAAUUGAUUUAAAAUAAAAGUUAAAAAAUAGAAUAAACAAAAGGUUGUUAUAGUUUACUGUGAAAAUGCAUACUCAUUCUUAAAAUGUUGGUUUUAUGUUAUAAAGAUAUAUGUUUGUGGUAUUUUUAGUCUUUAGUUUUGAGUAAAACAUUGAUAAAUAGUGAUUCUAU